GUGUUUUAGCUAAAGCUUACUCUAUAUAUUUGGAGUUGUGAGCCAUGGCAAUUGCAACCAUGACUACUCCUCUUCCUAUUUCCUUAUUCCCUUUUCUUCUUCUCAUUCCCGCUAUCUGUUUUACAGUUUGUCAUGCCAAUUCCAACCUACUUUGCAUUCAGAGUGAGAGAGAAGCUCUUUUGAAAUUCAAGAAUCAUCUUAUUGAUCCUUCAAACAGGCUAUCGUCAUGGGUUGAAGGUGGGGAUUGCUGUGAAUGGACUGGUGUCGUCUGCCAUAACUCCACCGGCCACGUCAACCAACUGCACUUGGCCGCUCCUCUUUCAGAGCCUGAUGGCUUUGCAACAAAUGCUGAAAUGGAAGCUUACUACAAUUCCCGGCUAGGAGGCAAAAUAAAUCCUUCACUGCUGGAGUUGAAGCAUCUCAGUUCCCUGGACUUGAGCUAUAACGAUUUUAACAGCAUACAUAUCCCGAAAUUUUUCGGUUUGCUGGAGAGUUUAACAUAUCUUAAUCUCUGUCGAGCACAAUUUCAGGGAGCAAUUCCUCAUAACCUUGGGAAUCUCUCAAAGUUGCAGUAUCUUGAUCUUGGAGGGAAUAAUCUCAAAUCAAAAACUCUUCAAUGGGUUUCUGGACUUUCUUCCUUGCAGUACCUUGAUUUGAGUUAUGCGGAUCUUCAUACAGCAAAUGAUUGGGUACAGGUGACACUCAAACUUCCUUCUUUGUUAGAGUUGCACUUUUCACGUUGUAGUUUAGACAAUGAUCCAUCUUCGAUCAAUGUUAAUUCUUCAAAAUCACUGGUUGUUCUUGAUCUUUUUCGGAACCGCUUUUCUUCAGUACCUAAGUGGAUAUUUAGUCUUCAUGGUCUUGUGUCCAUUGAUCUUAGUGGCAAUUCUUUGGAAGGCCCAAUUCCAGAUUACUUUGGGAACAUCUCGUUUCUUGAAGUUCUUGAUCUUAGUUGGAACCAUCUCAAUUCAUCCAUACCCAAUUCCUUGUAUAGUUUAAACCGUCUUCAGUUCCUUAGUCUUAGGGAUACCCAGUUACAAGGACCAAUCUCGAAAAUCAAUUAAAUGGUCAAGUUCCAUUGUCUAUAGGGGAGCUAUCAUCUUUGAAGUUGUUUAAUGUUUCAAAAAAUCAGUUAAACGGCCAAAUUCCCUCGUCUAUAGGGCAGUUAUCAUCUUUGGAGGUAUUUGAUGUUUCAGAAAAUCAAUUAAAUGGUACUUUUCCUCUAUCUUUUGGACGACUAGAAAGUUUGGAAAUUCUGGAUUGUGGGUAUAAUCUAUUAGAAGGAGUUGUAUCAGAAACCCAUUUUUCUAAUCUCACGAGAUUGACAACUCUAGCAGCAUCACACAAUCGGCUUAGAUUUGAACCAAACUCAAGCUGGAUUCCCCCAUUUCAAUGUGAAAGUAUCGAAUUAGGUCACUGGCAUCUUGGCCCAAAGUUUCCCCAGUGGCUAAAAUUCCAAAAGGAAUUGUUUUAUUUGGAUAUCUCCCAUGCAGGAAUUUCAGAUGUCAUGCCCACUUGGUUUUUGAACCUUCCCACUUCAUUUAAAUCUUUAAACCUUUCCUCGAAUCAACUUAGAGGAGAGAUUUCAUAUUUGAAUGUGAGAAACUCUGUUGAUUUGAGUUCAAACCGAUUCAUAGGCCCAUUGCCAAGAGUAUUCCCAACUUUAUUAUUUCUAAUUUUAUCAAAUAAUUCAUUUUCGGGAUCUCUUUUUGAAUUAGUUUGUAAUUCAUCAAGUGGGAAAUGGAUGGAAGUUCUUUACAUUGAUAAAAAUCUUAUCUCAGGAGAUAUUCCAGAUUGUUGGAAUCAUUGGUACCAUUUGAAACUUUUAAAUUUGGAAAGCAACAAUUUGACCGGAAAAAUCCCACCUUCUUUAUGGCAUCUAAAUUUUAUAAUGCUAAACCUUCGAAAUAAUACAAUGUUUGGAGAAGUGCCAUCCACAUUGCAAAAUUCUCCAUAUUUGAUUAUGUUUGAUCUUAGUGAAAAUCAUUUCGGUGGAAGUGUACCAGCAUGGAUUAGUGAUAAGCUCUACCUUGUGAUUCUAAGCCUUCGAUCAAAUAACUUCGAUGGACAUAUUCCUCAUGAAAUUUGUGAUCUUCAAUUUCUUCAAAACUUGGACCUUGCCCACAACAACAUUUCUGGAGUUAUUCCAAAAUGUUUUAAUAAUUUAACUGCAAUGGCCACAACAAACAAAACCAAGAAUGGAUGUAUGGCAUAGAUAGGGCAAGGGCAAAAGCUUCAACCUUUAUUAUUCGUUAUAUACAGGCAAUUCCAACUUUUGGGAGCUAAGCCAAAAUUCUAAACCUCUAAUAGAUUU